CCUGUCACCAAUCUGUCUGUUCCUGAGCUGUGUCGUUCUUUAGUCGUUGCGACUCAUGUCUCUCUCGCUCUCUCGCUCUCUCUCUCUCUCUCUCUCUCUCUCUCUCUCUCUCUCUCUCUCUCUCUCUCUCUCUCCCCUUCUCUCUCUCUCUCUCUGUGUGGUGAGUUAGCUGUCUCUCUGCCUGCCGCUCCUCUCCACUGCAUCCUGACUGACUGAAGAGCUCUGUCAUUGACUCAUCCCGUUCUUUAUAAGGAGGUGUUCAUGAUGAGCGACCGCUUCACGUAGUACUGGAACCAGCAAGCCUGAACAGACCAGACCUUAACAGACAGACACAGUCAACCACCGGACUGAAGCCAGCCUGAACAGACCAGACCUUAACAGACAGACACAGUCAACCACCGGACUGAAGCCAGCCUGAACAGACCAGACCUUAACAGACAGACACAGUCAACCACCGGACUGAAGCCAGCCUGAACAGACCAGACCUUAACAGACAGACAGUCAACCACCGGACUGAAGCCAGCCUCGACAACCACAGAGAGCAGAGCAGAGCAGAGCAGGGCAGAGCAGAGCAGAGCAGAGCAGAGGGGACUGGAAGAAUGUCAGUCUGACAGAGACUGUUGUACUGUUUUAUUCACAAUAUUCAAAGACUUCUAGAUUCAAAGACUUCAAAGACCCCCUGGAUGGUGUGCAGCAGCAGGACACAGCUGCUUGUUGAGUAUGGGUACAACUGCCAGUGCAGCUCCACAACCCGUCUCUGUCUCAGGCUCCAUAUCCUCUGUAGCAGCAUCCCAGCAUCCUCCUCCGCUUGAGAGUCUCCGUGGCAACGGGGCGGUGAACAGCAGGCAGUCUCUCAGCAUGAGCUCUUCCCAGACGGGGAAGAUCCACAGCGGCAAGGCCAAGUCUAUCAUCACUAACAAGGUGGCCCCUGUCGUUAUCACAUAUAAUUGCAGACAGGAAUUUCAGAUCCACGAUGACCUCUUCAGAACAAACUACAAAGUGGGCCGGAUAUCAGACUCAAUGCCUGAACACUACUUGGUACAGGGUGAGUUUUUCAUGGUCCAGGACGUGUACAGCAAGACUGACGUCCUCAACACUACAGGCAGCUGCGGAGCGCCAAACUACCGCCAGGUGAAAGGAAGCUACCCGCUGUACGGCAUGGGCCAGCCAAGCCUGAAUGGCUUCAAACAGGUCCUCCAAAGACUACAGAGUCAAGGGCAUGAGGACGUGAUGUUCUUCUGUGUGCGCGAGGAACCGGUGGUGUUCCUGCACCUGGAGGAGAACUUUGUUCCAUACACCCCGCGGAGGAAGGAGAACCUCCAUGAGAAUCUCCAUGGCCUGGACAAGGAGGAGACGGUGGAGACCCUGGAGCUCACCAUCAGGAAGGAGCUCCACGACUUUGCCAAGUUGAACGAUAACGUGUUCUACGUGUAUAACGAUAUCGAGCACUUCAAGGGCGAGCCUCAGAGGAUGACCAUCACCUGUGAGGAGGACAUCCACGUCACAGAGGAGGUCUACAGGAGACCUCUGUUCACCAUGCCACUCUACAGGUACUACCGGCUGCCACUACCAAUGGAGGGAGCACCUCUAGAGGAGGAUUUUGAUGCCUUUGUUACUGUUCUCAGGGAGAGUCCCAACCUGUCUUUGAGAAGGGAUGUUUCCAGACCUCUGCCUGCCCUGUUGUUCAGCUGUCAGAUGGGGGUAGGGCGGACCAACCUAGCCAUGAUCCUGGGGACCCUGGUCCUCAACCACCUGAAGACAACCCAGGAACCACCACAAGCGGAAGAGGCAGAAGCCAAGCCCCUGUUCCAAGUCAUUCAGACCCUCAUCAACAGACUACCUGAAGGACAACAGGUCAUGGAAGAGGUUGACCAAGCGAUCGCUCUGUGUUCGGAAAUGCACAACAUAAAAGAAGCGAUAUAUGAAAAUAAGAAGAAGCUUGAAGCGAUCGGAGAUGAUUAUCAAAUUCAGGGAAGCACGACCAAAGACUACUUCCUCCACAGAGCCAUCCAGAGCCUGGAACGCUAUUUCUACCUGAUUGUGUUCAACGCAUACCUUCAUGAACAGUAUUCUCUUGGCUUUGCGUCCAACUUCAGCCAGUGGCUGUGUGCUCACCCCUGGGUGUACCGCCUGCUGGCCUGUAUGGACCUAUCAGAACUCUCCGCUCCGCCUGAUCUCGUCACCAAGGGAGCCCGCGUUCUGGUUGCUCAUGAGUACCUGUCUCCAGACAUACUCAGCACAGUGAAGGAGAUGAAGGUGGCUAACUUCAGAAGAGUCCCCAAGAUGCCCGUCUAUGGCAUGUCACAGCCUACAUCAGAGGCGACGGGUGCAGUGUUGACCCACCUGACGGAUGAGAAGAGGAAGUACAGCCACGUCCUGUGGGUCAACCUGCAGGAGGAGCUGGUUCUGGAGGGGAACGGACAGGUCUUCACCCCCAGAGAGCCGUCCUGUCUGGAGCAACACAUCCCUGUCCCCGCCACAGACCCCACACAGAUAGAGAAACUAGAGACAGCCCUGGGAGAGGAGGUUCAGAGAGCCCAGAAGUGGCUGGAGGUGAUUCUGGAGCAGGAGAAGCAGAUGAAGAUGUUUAAAACCUGUCUGACGGUCCAGGAGGUCUUCAACCAGUACCAGAGAACACACCAGGGACUGCUCUAUAAACGCAUCCCUCUGUCAGACUGCUGCGCCCCCAAGGAGGAGGACUUUGACCUGCUCUUGGACGCCAUGAAGAGUACCUUGGCUGAGGACUCUCACUCAGCCUUCGUGUUCAACUGCUCCAACGGCAAGGGAAGAACCACCACGGCCAUGGUCAUAGCUGCUCUCACUGUCUGGCACUUCAAUGGCUUUCCUGAGUUUGGUGAUGAUGAGAUCGUCAGUGUUCCUGAUGCCAAGUACACAAAGGGAGAAUUCAAGGUGGUGAUGCAGCUAGUUAGACUACUGCCGGACGGCCUCCAGAUGAAGAGGGAGGUAGACAUGGCUCUGGACUCAGUCAGCGAGACCAUGACCCCCAUGCAUUACCACCUCAGAGAGAUAAUCAUCUGUACCUAUAGACAGAUUAAAAGUGGUAAGAGUGAGAAGGAGGUGCAGCAGCUGCUUCUGAAGAGCGUCCAGUAUCUGGAGCGCUACAUGUAUCUGAUCCUCUUCAACAGCUACCUGCAUCUGGAGAAGAAAAACUCCUGGCAACGAUCCUUUACCACCUGGAUGCAACAGGUGGCAGCCAGGGCCGGGGUGUACGACCUUCUCAACCAGCUGGGUUUCUCUGAGUUUGAGAACCUUCGGGACACGCCACUUGCCAGGCUCCGCUGCCGCUGGCAACGACAGAACAUCCAAUCACGUCCCUUCAGGGGGGCGUUCAUCUGAGCUGAGGAGAGAUCACUGUGAACUGCCAGACUCUGGCUGCUACUGAAAUGGUACUCUAUUCCCUAUAUAGUUCAUAUAUAGUUCUACUUUUGAACAGGGUCUUCUGCACUCUAAAGGGAUUAGGGUGCCAUUUUAUGCAACCUAUGUCCUCCUGUGCUUUUCUUUUUUUUAUACCUUUAAAAUGCAAUAAUGUUUUGUAUUUAAAAUGUAAUAAUGCCUUGUAUUUUACCCUCCGAUACUGUAUUAUUAUAAUACUGCUUUUUUCAAACCCACUACCAAUGUUAUUUAGUAUUUGAAUGAAUUUCUGUUUUAGUUCUGUCAGUUGGUAAUUCCUGGUUCGGAUGCUUCUGCUCUGACUGCCGCCAAGAUACAAGGGGACAUUUUGUCUCAUUUGCUCUAUUGUUUCAUUGUUAAUAUAGGAGGAGAAUUCAUUCAUAUUUAGUCCUAUUUUUUUUUUAUUGAAAGAAAAGGGAGUGAACUGUCUUACUAGUAUGGGCCGUAUAGGUUUUAUCAAAGGAGGUGUAUAUUCACCUGGCAGAACAAACAGCUUAGGCAUUAGGGGUUGAAAUGAAGGGUUCAAGUAGGGUUACUUUUAGGGUUAGAAACAAGGGUUAUGUUAAGGUUAGUUUGAGGUAAGGGUUAGAGUUAGGGAAAGGCUUCCACUUUGGGUUAGCAGAACUCCACCUCAACCCAGUUAAAUAGACACCACCUUAAUCAGAAGACUUGUAUUUGUCUGUACUAGAAUGUAUUUGAAAGUUUCUCCAGUUUAAAAUAUAGUUGAAACUGCAGACGUUUAAAAUGACAGCUUCUUUGUUUAGAUUGAAUACAUUUCUGUUACUUUUAAUCAACAUACAGUAUCAGGGUGUCCAAGUCCACUCCCAAGUAUCCGUUUGCCAAACUGCUGUCGAUGCUGCCGAAGCUAAUCUUCUGCUCUGUGUUUUACUGCUGUUUGCAUGUGCCUCGGUCCUCAGUUCUUCACAGCAGUUUCUCCACUCAUUAAAGGGGUCAUCUGCAUAAGGUUCAUCUAUUUUUAGGUAUUUUUUCAAUAAUGAUAUAUACCAAUUGAUCCUUGAGGAAUAUAACUUAUAAAUGCCUCGAGUUAAAUCCAACUGUCGUACCCCAUCAGAACCCAAAAUAGACGCUUGUUUUACGCCAAGGUUUGUAAACAAUGUCAAUGUAAACACUGUAUAGCCUCAAAACAUGGUUAAACUAUAAUGUUGAUAUCAUGGAUGGUCUGUCCUUGUAUCCAUGGCUCUGUCUAUGAAUUUGAGUGGUUACAUUUUUCCCAGCAACAUCCCUCGGCCUUUUACCAAAACAGUGGUGGGGUGGACGCUUUAUGUGUUUUGAACUGUGAAUUCCCCCUUUUUUAAAGGGUUAAUAUGGGAUUGAAACAACCACAAAGCAGUCUCUCUGCCACCUGUUUCGGUAAACAGCUGAGGGAUGGAACUGGAGAAAUGUAACCACUCUCAUAUUCACAGACAGAGCUCUAAGCAGUGACCAUAUAUGUACUAAUCCCGGAUUCUUCCUUUAACUGAUCUCUCUGCAUACUUGGAACAGCUGCUGAAACCAUUUAUGCAACCCACUCAUUUGAGGUUUCCAACUUCAGUAAAAGGUGCCCCCCCCCCCCCCCCCCCCCCCCCUCUUGGGAUAUUGGAUGUGUCCCAAAUUUCACCCCAUUACAAACAGUAGUGCACUACUUUAGACCUGGGUCCAUUGUGCUCUGGUCAACAGUAGUGCACUACUUUAGACCUGGGUCCAUUGUGCUCUGGUCAACAGUAGUGCACUACUUUAGACCUGAGUCCAUUGUGCUCUAGUCAACAGUAGUGCACUACUUUAGACCUGAGUCCAUUGUGCUCUAGUCAACAGUAGUGCACUACUUUAGACCUGGGUCCAUUGUGCUCUAGUCAACAGUAGUGCACUACUUUAGACCUGGGUCCAUUGUGCUCUAGUCAACAGUAGUGCACUACUUUAGACCUGGGUCCAUUGUGUUCUGGUCAACAGUAGUGCACUACUUUAGACCUGGGUCCAUUGUGUACUGGUCAACAGUAGUGCACUACUUUAGACCUGGGUCCAUUGUGUACUGGUCAACAGUAGUGCACUACAUUAGACCUGGGUCCAUUGUGCUCUGGUCAACAGCAGUGCACUACUUUAGACCUGGGUCCAUUGUGCUCUGGUCAACAGUAGUGUACUACUUUAGACCUGGGUCCAUUGUGCUCUGGUCAACAGUAGUGCACUACUUUAGACCUGGGUCCAUUGUGUACUGGUCAACAGUAGUGCACUACUUUAGACCUGGGUCCAUUGUGCUCUGGUCAACAGUAGUGCACUACUUUAGACCUGGGUCCAUUGUGUACUGGUCAACAGUAGUGCACUACUUUAGACCUGGGUCCAUUGUGCUCUGGUCAACAGUAGUGUACUACUUUAGACCUGGGUCCAUUGUGCUCUGGUCAACAGUAGUGUACUACUUUAGACCUGGGUCCAUUGUGCUCUGGUCAACAGUAGUGCACUACUUUAGACCUGGGUCCAUUGUGCUCUGGUCAACAGUAGUGCAGUAAGUAGGUGUCCACCCCCACACGGUGUCCUCUUCUCUCCCGUCUCCUGCCGUCUUCUGUCUGUGUUGUUAUAAACUGUAUUUUUAGGUGUUUGCCAACAAACUAUGAUGAGUAUCUUUUGAAAAUCUAAGCGACCGUUUGUACUUCAAGUCAGCCUCUCCAAGAACGGAUAUGGUUUUAAAAAAAAAAAAAUGUUUUUUGAUGUAAAUAUUGUUCAGUAAAUAAAUGCAGUUUGUUUUCACAAAAACUCAGUUCUAAGGGCUUCUGGGAAGGAUGUGUCCUUUAGGAGGAAAGCUAUGGCCUGAGGGACAGUCUGUUUGUACUGUCAUGCCAACUACUUGGCACUCAUUGUCAUGCCAAACAUGUUUUUCUUGACAACGACAACAGCAGUGGAGUUUUAGCAAGAGCACAAACAGAUCUGGGAUCAGGAAUGUUAUACCCCAAAACAACAAACUAGUAUCAUUAAGCACACUAAUGCUAUGUAAUGGUUAUCGCAUGUCCACAGACACGAAUCCACUUCAGAUACUAUCAUGUAUUGUGUAAGCUGUACCUGAUACUUAUAUUUUUUACAGUAUUUCCAAUGCCAUAAUGUACAUGCUUUAGGAGCCAUAGAUAUAUCCUGCAAGUAAAUCCUGCAAAUACAGACAACCAGAGUACAGUGAUAGUCUGUGGAAUAACAGUAGUCUGUGGAACGACAGUAGUCUGUGGUACGACAGUAGUCUGUGGUACGACAGUAGUCUGCGGAACGACAGUAGUCUGCGGAACGACAGUAGUCUGCGGAACGACAGUAGUCUGCGGAACGACAGUAGUCUGCGGAGCGACAGGAGUCUGUGGUAAAACAGUAGUCUGCGGAACGACAGUAGUCUGCGGAACGACAGUAGUCUGCGGUAAAACAUUAGUCUGUGGAACGACAGUAGUCUGUGGAACGACAGUAGUCUGUGGAACGACAGUAGUCUGUGGAUCGACAGUAGUCUGUGGAUCGACAGUAGUCUGUGGAUCGACAGUAGUCUGUGGAACGACAGUAGUCUGUGGAACGACAGUAGUCUGUGGAACGACAGUAGUCUGUGGAACGACAGUAGUCUGUGGAACGACAGUAGUCUGUGGUACGACAGUAGUCUGUGGAACGACAGUAGUCUGUGGAACGACAGUAGUCUGUGGAACGACAGUAGUCUGUGGAACGACAGUAGUCUGUGGUUACAACAGUAGUCUGUGGUUACAACAGUAGUCUGUGGUAAAACAUUAGUCUGUGGAAUGACAGUAGUCUGUGGAACGACAGUAGUCUGUGGAUCAGGCUGGUGUGAAAUGGUCAACUGUAGAAACAACACUUACUGUAGGUUUGCUAUUUGUGAAAUAAAUUAUUCCAACACAGCCUCGUAUGCGUCCCAAAUGGCACCCUAUUCCCUUUUUAGUACACUGCUUUUAACCAUGGUCCAUAGGGAAUAGGGUCAGAAGUAGUGUACUGCGUAGAGAAUAGGGCACCAUUUGGGACAUAGGCCCCUGUCUCUCUGUGGGUGCAGGAUCUGUUUUGCAUUAGAGGGCUGGGGGAUGACUGUUUUAUUAAGGAGUCUUGGGUCGUAUUCACUAGACACCGAAUGGAAGAAAACAGACCAAAACGGGAAAGGACUACCUGAACUUGUCCAAUCAGAAAUGCACGUUUUCGUUGGCAAAACGUUUUCAAUUGCAAAAAAAAAAACGUUUUUGCUACGGUGUGCACACAUGAGUAAGACUUAAAGCUGUCGUUAAUGGACAGUGGAGAGACCGGACUUAAGUCUCCAUGAGUCAUAACCAGAAAGGGUUGGGGGGGGGGGGUUCUGUGAUGUCAUUGAGCUUGCUCCACUCCCCACUCCAGUAGGAACCGAAUUAUACGUCCGGCCGGAUGGCCUUCGGCAAAAGUGUACAUGUGGAAGCUGCCACGUCAACGAUAUUUUGGUAUCAAUUGGUAAUGGUUACUGAUACUCUUUAUCCAUUGGCAGGACUUCCUGGGGGACAUUUGGUCUGGCACCCGAUUCCCUGUAUUGUGCACUAAUGUUGACACAUUUUUGUCAAAAGUAGUGUACACUACGCAGUGUACUACAUAGUGAAUAGGGUGGGAUUUGGGAUGCAUGCCAUAUCUUACACCCACAGGAAGGGCUGUAUAGUAAUGUGUUCAUGAUAGCAGCAAUGCAUUCCUGCUUGUAAUGCAACCAUCAUUCAGCUUUGAGAAACAUCCAAUGUCCAAUCAGUUUACCAUGUUCUUUACCUAUCAUCAUACAUUACUAUUUAAACAGCCACGUUACUGCUCUCCUCAUCAAAUACAUCGUACAUUACUAUUCAAACAGCCACGUUACUGCUCUCCUUAUCAAAUACAUCGUACAUUACUAUUUAAACAGCCUCGUUACUGCUCUCCUUAUCAAAUACAUCGUACAUUACCAUUCAAACAGCCACGUUACCACUCUCCUUAUCAAAUACAUCAUACAUUACUAUUCAAACAGCCACGUUACUGCUCUCCUUAUCAAAUACAUUACUAUUCAAACAGCCACGUUACUGCUCUCCUUAUCAAAUACAUCGUACAUUACUAUUCAAACAGCCACGUUACCGCUCUCCUUAUCAAAUACAUCAUACAUUACUAUUCAAACAGCCACGUUACUGCUCUCCUUAUCAAAUACAUCAUACAUUACUAUUCAAACAGCCACGUUACUGCAUAUCGGUUGUUAUGAAGGAGCUAUGAGAAGUGUAUAUAAUGUAUUUUAUUUGAACGUUGUCCAGUACAGAGAUGAUCGGGUUUAUGUUCAUUCCAUUGCAUUUUGACUUCAUUGUUAUUUUAUUUUUUUAAAGCUAAAUAAAUAUGAAAAUGAAUUCAACAAACA